UCGGGGCUUUCCCACCUUACGCUGCCUGCAGCUCCGAGAUCACUUCUUCGCGUCCAAGUUCGAAAGAGCACACGUGAUCAGCAUCCAGACUUGCCGGCCGCUGUUGGUGACCUUUACGCUGUCGUCUUGCAGCUCAAAGUUAUAGCUUCGCCGAGCACAGACAUACUUCAGUGGUAUCUGCACAACGAACACUUCUCAGCAUGAACUCACAGGCGGUUGCUCUGGCUCUUCUCGUCGUAUUCCUUGUGAACGCUGUGCUCGCUGUUCCGUACAACAACUAUGAGGUACAGCAGCAGGAGGCGGAGCCGAACACUAAUGCACCAAUGCGUGACGCCGGGGAGUCUCAACGUCAGGAUCAGUAUGACUCAUUCUUAGACGAGUACAAGGAGCGACUUGAAAACUACCUGAUGUCGGCAGACAAGAGGAGCUGUGUCCGACGUGGCGGAAGCUGUGAUGGACGCCCUCACGACUGUUGUCACCAGUCUGCUUGCCGUUGCAAUCUCUGGGGCACCAACUGUCGCUGCCAGAGGGCUGGGCUUUUCCAGACACUCGGAAAGAAAUAGACACGGCCUGCUGACACUACUUUUCCAUAUGUGUAGUUGUUAUUGCCAAUGUGACGUUCUGGUUGUCGAUGUUAUUCCUGUUAAGCCUAUUCUGUACUCCAUUUGAGUUCGACAAGUGCGUUCGUGACAGGCAGAUGGUGUAGCUCUCUCUCUCUCCUCAGACACAUUGACGUUUCCUUCAUUUUGACGGACGAAGGUUGACAAGUGAGGACUUCGGCUGUGUAAUGUCACAAUGAAAUGUGGGAUGGUUUGCAGAGUUUUGAUCCGAAGAUGCUUGCACCAAAAACAGAACUCUAUUUCUCUUUUUACAUAAACAGAAAUAUCUCCGUUGCCUACUAGUAUCGUCGAUCGGCGUUGUACAUUGUUACAGUUCAGUUGCGCUGAGGUCUACUGGUAUUGUACAUUUAGUGCAGCAGUAAAAGGCGAGAAGUACGGUUUAGCUGAUUUAUGUCGCGCUACGCGGUCAUUCCCUGACUAUAGUCAAUGUGAUCUUUAGACAAUGAUCCUGUGAAUUAUUGCAUGCAUAAAAAUACACCAGCUUGACGCAACUUGACAAAACAAAAAUUACAAGAUGGAAAGAUGGACGUUUCGAUGGCUAUACGGGCAUCAUCAUCAGUGCAUUAAAAGAACCGCUGCCCAGGCAGGAUCCGGACAACGUUCUGUUUCAUGCCUCCAACAACCUCCGCAGCCUCCUCGCUGAUGAUGAUGCUCGUAUAGGCAUCGAAACGUAUACGUCGCUAUCUUGUAAUAUUUGUCAUGUCAAGUGAUGUCAGGCCGCAGUGUAUUUUAUCAAUACAAGAACAUGUCGCCUGGAUUUUACUUGGUCUGUCUUCAGAUCCUGUGAAUGUGAGGCCGUCUUUUAAACACACGGGGCUUCCGGCAGUAUUACCUCCAUGCUUGUUUUGACUCAGUAGGAGGCAGUUUCACAUGGCCUGAACAAAUUACGUACACGUAUGUCAACUUUAAAACUUGUCGAUUCUUGUGUAUAACGAACCAUACUACUUCAUGUACCACACAGUGCACGUGUAGGACGCAGAGCCCGUUCUGCGCGUGCCAACGGACGUAGAGGCUACUGCAGAAUGAACAAAAAGAAGGAAAGAGAAACACUUAUUUUUAUUGAAAGUUGGUAUAUGUGUUCAUGAGAUGUGUUGAGAUGUUUUUCCUACUUUGUACCACCGUUGCCGUAAGUAAAUAAAGUAUGCAUCUAUUUUUA